AUGAGAGCUGUGUCUUCUUCUUUGUUUUACAAUUCUCCGAAACCUAAAUUCAACCAUUUAUCUAAUCCGGUGAGGAACCCUGUUAUCAGAUGCAUUUAUACACGAAACCCAUGUUUUAAUUCUUGUUUUUCAGUGAAACCAACCUCUAUAACGCCCUUUUCUUGCUCUGCCGUUACAUCGCAUCACCCGGGUAGUGAUAAUCUAGCCACUGCAGAGGCUGCCACAGGCACCGGAACCGCCACCGAGGCAAGGCUGCAUCUUCUCAUCCAAGAAUUCGAGUCACUGCUCGAACCUGUAGAUCGUGUCAAAAGGUUAUUACAGUAUGGAAAUCUUUUACCUCCUUUCGAACAAUCAUUAAAAUUCACUGAAAAUCGUGUGCCAGGGUGCACUGCACAGGUGUGGCUACAUGUAUCACUCGGUAAUGAUAACAAAGUGAGGUUCUUGGCUGAUAGUGAUUCGGAAAUAACUAAAGGUUUUUGUGCGUGCUUGGUUUGGUUGCUCGAUGGAGCCGAACCGGGGGAGGUGUUGGCACUGAAAACAGAGGAUUUGGAGGCAAUUAAUGUGAUGGGAUUGAAUGGAAAAAGGGUUUCUUCUAUGAAAAGUAGGGCGAAUACUUGGCACAAUGUGUUGGUUAGUUUGCAGAAGAGGACCAAAGCAUUGGUUGCUGAGCGCGAGGGGAGGCCACGUGGUGAGCCAUUCCCGUCUCUGAUUGUGGAUGCUGAUGGGAUUCAAGCCAAAGGAAGCUACGCUGAAGCUCAGGGCAGGACGACAAUGCAGAGAAGGGUAAGAAAUUGUUUUCCAGACUCCCAAGCAGUGUUGGGACAAGAUUGCAACGAGGGUCAAAGGUUCCUGAGCCUGAAAAUCAUAGGUACAGUGGGACUAAGCAAAGAUGAGAUCAAGAAACUAUCUGUAGCGUGCUCUUUAUCCCAAACAGGCAUUGAACAAAAGGUGAUAACUAAGGGUCAUAUGGACAAGGAUCACACUGUUGCUGCUGUUUACAGGGCUGUGGCAUGUAUUUAUACAAGUAUAGUUAUGGUAUUUAUGGCUUACGCAAAUGGAAUUGUGAGUGCACAAGGUAAGCCGCCUCUAUUUUCAUUUGGCGUGAUAUCGGAUGUCCAAUAUGCUGAUAUUCCUGAUGGCCGUUCAUUCCUUGGUGUUCCUCGAUAUUACCGACAUAGCCUUCUCAUGUUGCAAAGGGCAGUCCAGAAAUGGAAUGAGCAAAAGCCAAAGUUUGUGAUCAAUUUUGGGGACAUUAUUGAUGGCUUCUGUCCAAAAGACCAAUCUCUAUCUGCUAUUAAAAAGGUCAUUGAUGAAUUUAAUGUUUUCGAUGGCCCUGUAUAUCACAUGAUUGGCAAUCACUGCCUCUACAAUCUCCCUCGUGAAAAGUUGCUUCAAAUGCUGAACAUUCCUAGCAUUGAUGGUCUUGCCUACUAUGAUUUUUCUCCAAUUCCAGAAUACCGAAUUGUAGUCCUUGAUGGCUAUGAUAUAAGCGCUAUUGGUUGGCCAAAGGAUCAUGAAAAGACAUUGAAGGCCUUGAAUUUUCUUCGGGAAAGGAAUCCAAAUUCAGACAAAAACAGUCCAAAUGGAUUAGUGGGGCUUGAGAGAAGAUUCCUUAUGUUCAAUGGAGCAGUUGGGAAAGAACAAUUGGAAUGGUUGGAUCACGUCCUUCAGGAUGCAACAAAUUCUAACCAGAAAGUUGUGGUAUGUUGCCAUCUACCUUUAGAUCCUGGUGCAGCAACUAAAGAAGCUCUCUUGUGGAAUUAUGAUGAAGUGAUGUACGUGAUUCACCAAUACAAUUGCGUAAAGGCAUGUCUAGCUGGACAUGACCACAAAGGUGGACAUUCAGUCGACUCCCAUGGUAUACAUCAUCGGGUACUUGAAGCUGCCUUGGAGUGCCCUCCCGGAACUGAUGCUUUUGGAUGUGUUAAUCUUUUUGAUGACAGAUUACAACUAUCUGGAGCGGAUAGAAUGGAGAGCCAGGAAAUGGUUUUCAGUUGCUAG